UUAGAGACUAGACACCCUGCUGCGUGGCGUUCGACUUAGAUAAAUCAAAAGGUCCUCGAAAGUAACGAAGCUUUUAGCGGCAAGCUUUCUUUUGCGUUUCUGCUUGAAGACUUGCGUGACCAUGAACAAAGAGGAGAGCUGUCCUUCUUCGAGCGAUGUACCGAAGUCGAACAAGCCGUGUCUUCAAUACUACAAGGGUGUGCCUCUGCCUGGCUUCUUUCCACGAGAGUGCAUCGAAUCAGCCUGUAAGUACAAACCAACGAAGGACGACUUGUACAUCGUCACGUACGUCAAGUGCGGCACCACGUGGACACAACACGUGGUGUACUUGAUCCAGACGGGAGGCGUGCCACCUUCGAACGCGGAAGAAUUCUACAGGGCUAGUCCGUACAUCGAGGCCUUCGGAGCCGAGUGCGUAGAGUGGAUGAAGAAGCCCGGGGCCCUGAAGACCCACCUGCCGGUGCAGUUGCUGGAGUACAGCCCUGAGGCCAAGUACCUCGUGGUCGCCCGCAACCCACGUGACGUCAUAGUGUCUCUGCAAUAUCACUGGCUCUCCUUCGUCGGGUACCACUACAAUGGUACCUUCGACGACGCAUUCGAGCAUUUCAUGAACGACGAGAUUGACUGCGGUAACUUCUUCACCUUCUACAAGGACUGGUAUGAGCGAAGUCGCGACCCCAACGUGCUUUUUGUCGUGUACGAGGACCUUAAACGCAAUCCCGAAGAACUCAUCCUGAAAAUCGCUCGCUUCAUGGGCGAAGAGUACGAAGCCAACUUGCUCAAGGACGGCCACAAGAGACUCCAUGACGUCAUCAAAUACAGCUGCGUGGAGGAAAUGAAGAAGUACACCAACGACAUCAUCCAAGAGUUUUUUCGCGGUAGCUUUGACUUCCAGGGUCCGGAAUACGAAGGAUUCAGGCAGUUCCAUCACGGUAUUCAUUCAGCUGGAUUAGAAGCGGCGAACAACAUCAACUACGUGCGCAAAGGAAUUGUCGGAGACUGGAAGAACCACUUCACUCAAGAACAACUCAAACGACUGAACGAGAAGUUCAAGAAAGAAACCGAAGGAAGCGACAUUGCCGAGCUCUGGCCGGAAAUGAACUUCCUCGAAUGAGACAAACUGCAGCACUCCAUCCACGAGUACCAAAAUGCACAGUGCCUCAAUCUUCUUACUAAUUAGCAAAAACUUUCGGUUACAACGUAAAUGAUUGAUCAUUUGUACUGUCAUAUGCCCAACAAGCGUAUUCCUUAUGCAUGCAGUAUUUAGUUGUUCUGUUUAUGGAUGGUGUUGCGACAACUGAUAAAACUGCAAAUGUUAGUUUUGUGGCUCAUUGUA